AUGAAUUUGAGUUCACUCAAAAAUCAAAUAACAGAUGUCAAAAAGUCAAACAUAGACAUACAGAAACAAAUAAGUGAAAACGAAAAGAAACUAGAAUAUGACAGACACACAAAGAAACUCAAUGAGUUAAACGUAGAGAAAAAGAAGAAAGAAGAACAACUGAAAGAACUAAGUACAGAGGAAUAUGCGAAAAAAGUGUCAGAAAAAGCAGCAGAAGUAGCAAAAAUGGAACAAGAUGUUAUAAAUUUGAAAAACCAUACUACUCAAUAUAAAGUACUGAAAGAUGAAGAAAUAAAACAAAAAGCCCUGAAGACAUAUAUGGAUAG